GUAGAAAGCACUUGCUCUAUUUUUUUCCCAUGGCUACCCUUGCACGAUUUUUUUUUCGGCAGUAUUUUUCUGUGUAGGAAUUUUUUCAGUUGGAAAUUGUCCAUUCCCUCACCCCCACCCCCCAAAAAAAUAAUGGUCCGCCCCUAAUACGACAGACAACGCUUCGCUGCAUUUUCCCCUGAGUACACUGAUACCAUAGUAUCACAUUGUCCCUCAGUGUAUAUAUCGCUUAUCGUGCUUGAUGGACUUCAUGGCAUCCACAUGCCCCGAGACAUUUUAUAGCUGGGACGGGAUAAAAUAUUGAAGCAGCGAAAGUUUUCAAGAACAGGGCUUUUCAUUUCAAAAAGUUGUCCAGAGUAGACCGUCAGAGUAGCCUCCCAUUCCCUAUUUUCCAAUUGCUCAUAAUUCACUCUGUCUGCGCCCAAAUUUUGCAUAAACUAUUGUUGUGAAAUGCUUUUGGGAAUUUGCACACCUCCCAAGAGGGUAUUUCACAACAAUAGUUUACGCAAAAUUUGGGGGGAAGACAGAGUGAAUUAUUAGCAAUUUGGAAGAUAGAGAAUGCAGACAUGGCGUUUUUGUAUCAUUCAGUGAGGUGCAUUUUUUUCCUUCCUUUUCAUUGGCGGUGUGGGGCAAGGAACGCGGGCUCACAACGGACUAACUGGUUACUUUCCAUUGCAGCGUGGCGAAAAGCAUACUGGGUAUUGGGGAUGCCAUUGGGGAUUCAGCGAUCACGUGACAGUAAUUACCCGAGACACCUUGCGUUAUAAAACUUGCCUUCACUUCGGGUCGCCAGGAGGCACCGACAUUGACGUACGAUCGAGUAAUUACAUCACUGGCAAGCAAUUCCUUCUUUUAAAAUGUGGUCCUUUCCCUUAUUCGUAAAGAAAAAAGUAUUUUCACUUAACCUUCUUUAUUAGGAGAUAGGAGAUGGUGAAAACGUGGCGUGGUUUUUUCUACGGACGAGAAACUUGAAACAACAAGACAAGCGCGCAGAGGAGAUUCCCCGGUUUCAGGAAAAGAAUGACAGACAAAAAGGACAAGCCAAGUAUACCAGCUUAUGACAUGAACUCAAUGAAUGCAGGGAUGUUUGGACUUGCUAUUCCAAUGCCAUUCCCAGUUUUUGCUCCUCAAGUGAUGCCCAUGAGGAUGAUGCCUCCACUCUGGCCACCCAACAAUGCUUUUAUGCAGCAGUAUAUGGAGGCAAUAAGUGCAGGAAUGGCGCAAGCAAUGGGCCAGUCAACUGUAACAGGAAAAGAGCAAAGUGGUAAUUCAAAAACAGCAUUGUCAAACAGAGAUGGGACAUCUAUGGGGUCUUGUUCAACAUCUCUUUCAUCCUCAGGUUUGGACAACGCAAGUAAUCACAUUGACACAAAUCAGUUGCUAACAGACUAUGGUAAACGACAAGGCAAUAAUUUGCCGCAGUUUCCAAACACGCCUCUCUUACUUCCUUUUGGCGGUUUUUUUCCAUUUGGAUCAUACUUGCCCUACUUCAAUCAGGAUGCGGCAGUUAGUGGUUUUGCCAGCAAGCAGGGUACAGAGAGUGAAACAUAUACUGUGGAGAAAACUUUCACCGAGGAUUUAAAAAAUAACAGUCCACUGGAAAGCAUGGAAGCUAGUAGAGAACCACUGCAACUUGAUCAUGGAGACGAACAACAAGAGCAGUCACCAGUUACAUCAAUUAAGCUGUCUGAAGAAAACACAGAGUCAGUAUCUGUCCAAAACAGUUGCUCUGUUGACAUCAGUGAUAAUAAUUCUGAAGAAAUGGAUGUCGCACAAAUUCUUAUCAAUUUCAUGCCUGUCCCAGUUAUAAGUGGUGAGAAGCAAGGUGCUGGUGAUUCUUCAGACAAAAGUGCAGCUGUAAGCAGUCAUUCUGUUAUUAAAGAGAAUGUUUACCUUUCUGCUAGCAAUCCAGCUGUUGUUGAGGAUGCUUUGCCUGUUAGUGAAACUGUUGUCAAGAGUGCUUCUCCUAGUAGAAGGACAUCUGCUGAAAGUUUGGCUAAAACUGUGCCAACUUCUGCAAAAACUCUUUCACCUAGCUGCGAAGCUGUCAUAAAAGAUGUUUCUCCCAGUAGUGUUGCUGUUGCAAAGGAUUUAACAGGAAAGCUGACAAAAGAAGAUUGCAAACCUCAACAGAAUGUCAGCAAGCCACAAAAUGAUCUUGUGAUUCAAUGCAAUAAUAAUAAUUAUAUUGAUUAUAAUGAUGUGGAAAUGACUGAGAAUUUAGGACAAAAACAUGGUGUUGAGCUUACCGCCCCUGUGACCUCAAGUUCUAUGGUACUCCCAUUAAGUUUACAGCAGCCUAAAGAAACACAGGAAUGCCAAUCAAGUGUGAUUACUUAUGUUAAGAAUGAAUCUAAGGGUAAUGCUUCAAUUCGCUCAAAUGAAUGUACAGAAAACAACUCUGUCGAGCUUGUAGCUCUGGCACCAAAAUCAUUGGAGUAUCAACAAGGAACUUCUUCUGAUGAUGAAAUGGCUAUUCCAACGGUAGACGACCUUCUCAAAGGAGAUGUGGGAAGUGACAAGUCGACUUACAAGUGUGAAGUGUGUGCUCAGUUAUUUCGCAGUUCUCUUGGCCUUCAGAAACAUUUAGAGUUCCACACUGAUGAUGGUCAGCAUUACACUUGUACGAUCUGUUUCCAGCUUUUUAAGGACCCCAAAACACUUGAAGGCCACAUUGCUCUCCACAUGAGGAAGAGGCCGCACAAGUGUUCAUUCUGUCCUAAGGCUUUUCGUGAUCCUGGCUCUCUUCAGAAGCAUGUUCGUGUCCACACUGGAGAGAAGCCUUAUAAGUGUACAAGUUGUUACCAAUCAUUUGCCGAGUACAGCUCUCUGCGGAAACAUCUCCGUGUUCACACUGGUGAACAACCGUACCGCUGUCAAUAUUGCUCCAAAGCCUUUUCUAUCUCUGGGAAUCUUCAAAGGCAUGUCCUCAUACACACGGGGGAACGGCCAUACAAGUGUAGCUUUUGCCCUAAGGCCUUUAACAAUCCCAGUCAUUUGAGGAGGCAUGUUAAGAACUUGCAUUUUAAAGGUGAAGCAACAACUGGUGUUGUUGAAGACAUGAUAUCUGCAAUUCAAGGUGAAAUCAGUGCUCAGGUGAAAAAGCCUGAGGAACUUAAUUUCCAGGAAGGAAUUCAACCUGUGGAACAUAUUGUGGAACUUUCUUCUUCUUAAGAUUGACUAUGGCAUUGGCACAGUGUUAAAAAAAUUAAAAUAUUUAAUUCACUUUUACCAAUAUUGCACAUUUUGGAAAAAAAUUUAGAACCUUAAUAGAAAACACAAUUUUUGCAUAUUUAUUUUGAUAGAUUUAACUCUUCUAUAAUCCCAGCAAUGCUGUAGUACAGAUCAGACAUGUACUGUUAAUAGCUUGUAUUAAGUGUGAUUCACAAGUCACAACCAUUUUGUGCAACAUUGAUAUAUUAAACAAUAGCACAUGAGGGAACUUUAAUUUAAAUGGUGACAUGCAUGGGUUUCAUCCACAAAUGUAACAGUAAGAAAAAGUCACCUUGUACAGCAUACUAGACAGUGCCUCAUAAGAAUGCAGCUCAUUAGCUUUCACUUGGUCAAACUGGUUAGUCCAUAUUACUUGGUGGUGGCUUUCUUAUGUUCUCACACUAGGGUUUCAAAAAUUAAUUAAAGCUUGCACAGUAUCCUAAACAGUGCCAGUUGAAAGUAUUGUACAGUAGCUUUCACUUGAAUGGCUAUACCCUAAGGUUUAACCCACAAACAUUAAGGUUAGAACCACCUUGUGCAGCAUAAUAAACUCUUGAAAGUACUAUUUAGAAGCUUUUGUUACUUGGAUUUCUUUGAUCUUGACUUUGGGGUGAAGAGUUGAGCCAAAUUUGCUCAGUUUUACGACAAUUACGUGCAUGAUGUUAAUCUUAUCUAAAACAAAAUUCAAGAUCAUAAUUGGUUCCUGUGCACCUAUUUGUCACGUAAUCAGGGUGCAAUCACAUGGGUGUCCAAUUUCAAGAUAUAUCUAUGCCAUCCGCUAGGCAUGUGCAUGUAAACUAUGCAUGCUUUAAUAGCUUCUUAAUGUUUCCUGCAGUUUUUAAACUUAUGGAAAGUGCCACUGACUUUUUCACUCAUAAGAAGUUCUUAAAAGGUUUUUUUAUCUCAAACUUUGUUAUUGCUAAGAUUAAUUUUAAUUAGUAAUUGGACCCCAUGUCAUACAGUUCACUUGAUUACUCACUGAAUUGUACUCUGCUUGGUCCAAUUAGUGUUACUUAAAUAUGUCUGCUAUUUGUUUGACAUGAAAUUAAGUACUUUUAUUUGCUAAGCUGCCUGGCUGGCCAUUGCUUUGUCCUUCCUUUUCAUUUCUUUUUAAAAAUCUCACCUGCAAAGAAUUGCAUACUAUUAUAGGCUUUACUAUUUUAUCUCUACACAUAGCUAUAUAUCUAAGUUAUUAGGAAAUGUUAAAUCCGAUUCUUGAACUUUUCAAUGACUUUGUGUACAUUAAAGUACGCUGCCUGGUUGUUCAAAACAGGAUUAAAUUAAUGUAAAUGUC